AUGGCCCCCCAGGAUACACCGGUAUCUGGCACCGUGGGCCCCGAAUGGCUAGAAGAAUUCGAUCUCGAAGCCCAGGUACCGGUCAUCCCGGUCAUCCCGGCCUGGCGGCCCUGGCGACGUGGGGUCACCAUCAGACAGGUGCUGGGGAGGGUGAUCUGGGCAGAGGGCUCCAGCUGGCCGACCAAGGGUCCGGCUCUGGGCGGGGUACUCGGUGAUAUACCGCCACGGUGGUGA